GGCCGGAGGGGGCGGAGAGCGCUGCGGCGGGCCAGAGUGGGGAACGAUCCGGGAGACCUGGCUGCCGGCCUCGGCGCCUUCGUGCCAUCUCGGAGCGGAUAAUGCUGUGAGGACACGGCUGGAUUUGCGCGCAGCGGGCAGGGACUGUGUGCACUAGGCGAGGCGUCGGUGCAGGGCGCCCAGACCCCGGAGACAGCGGCUGGGAUCCUCGGGACUGCUGGUUUCUUCAUGGUGUGGAAGGGAUUGGAUGGUGUGACCAGUUCUCUUGAAAGCCUCCCUUGGCCAUAACUCAAGGAGGUCUUUUGGACCCCAUCUUAUUUCAGAGACGCUUCUUAAGCUACUUGAGGAAAAUGAUGUGACAGUUCAUAUCGAAAAGGAUUUUUCAGAAACAUAUAACAUCUGUGAAGAAAGUGAUCCUUUUUCUCUUUCGCAAAAUAAACAUUCUCAAAUUCCAAAAUGCCAGCCAAGACCCCGAUUUACCUGAAAGCUGCCAAUAACAAGAAAGGAAAGAAAUUUAAACUGAGGGACAUUCUGUCUCCUGAUAUGAUUAGUCCUCCCCUUGGAGACUUCCGUCACACCAUUCACAUCGGCAAAGAGGGCCAGCACGACGUUUUUGGGGACAUUUCCUUUCUUCAAGGCAACUAUGAGCUAUUACCUGGAAACCAGGAGAAAGCACACAUGGGCCAAUUCCCUGGGCAUAAUGAGUUUUUCCGGGCCAACAGCACCUCUGACUCUAUGUUCACAGAAACGCCCUCCCCAGUGCUCAAAAAUGCCAUCUCCCUCCCAACCAUUGGAGGGUCCCAAGCGCUCAUCCUACCCUUAUUGUCACCGGUGACAUUUAAUUCCAAGCAGGAGUCCUUUGGCCCAGCAAAGCUGCCCAGGCUCAGCUGUGAGCCUGUUGUGGAGGAAAAGCCUCCGGAGAAAGGCAGCCUGCUGGAGAACGGGGCAGUCAACCAGGGAGACACCUCGUGGGGCUCCAGUGGUUCCGCAUCUCAGUCCAGUCAGGGCAGGGACAGCCACUCAUCCAGUCUCUCCGAACAGUACCCCGACUGGCCGGCCGAGGACCUGUUUGACCAGCCGUCCCCAUGUGAGCUCAUCAAGGAAAAGACGAAAUCAGAGGAGUCCCUCUCUGAUCUGACCGGCUCCCUCCUCUCACUGCAGCUUGACCUGGGUCCCUCACUUUUGGAUGAGGUGCUGAACGUCAUGGAUAAAAACAAGUAACAGGACACGCAGCCCUUUCCCUCUGGGGUGAGAGGUACUGAAGAGCCAAAACUAACCACAGUCGCAGAGGAGAGCUUCACUGGCUGUAUUUGCAGUUGUGCCAUGGGUUUUCUAAAAUAACGUUCCUAUAAGAUAUUUUUUUACCUAUCAUGUUACGUCCUGUUUGCAAAAAGUUUAAAAAGAAACAAACCUAUCCUGGCAAAAAGAGGAAAUGAGUCAGUCAGAGCCCAUUUUCGGCGGGCAUUGCUGAUGUUCUGCUUACAUUUUGUUUGCAGACGUGUAAGUAAGGAAUCCGGCUUGGCUGGGAUUGGCACUAGUUUUGAAGGGCUGGGCAAGUCACAGGAAGGAACGUUACAAUACUCCAGCGUUUUCUGAGCAAGAGGAAGUCAAAACUAUUUAACACCGAAGCCUUUUUUCUAGACUCUUUUCUAUAUUAUACCGUUUGGGCUCACCAUAGCGAAUUCUGCAGUGUUAAAACUUUUCUCUGUUUUCACUUUGAAUAACUUUAUGGGUUUUGGGGAUUUUCUUGUAGUUCUUAUAUAUCCCUAUAUAUUAUAUCUGUAUCGAAAAAUUUUGACCGUCAGCUACGUGUUGGUAAGACACAAGCAAAGUAUUACUGUAACUAAGUUAUUUUUAAAGUUAAAAUAUAUUUUUAUGUGCCUUUGGCUUUUUAUUGCAGAGUCUACAUUUUAUAGAUAUUGCAUCAAAUGUCAUUUGUUUCCAUUGGGGUUCCGUUGUAAGCUGUGUGUGUAUGUGUUUGGAAAAGUGUAUUCAUAUUUAGCAUUAUUUCUUUUUCACCUGUUAUCAUACUUCUAACAGCAGCCAACAAUGGAUUGUAAAAUAUAAAGGCACAGGUUACUCACGAUGCUUCUGCAGAGACUGUGGGCUUCACCACAUAAUGUAUUUGGAAAUAUGGGUAUUUUAGUACAGUACAUACUCGCAUUACAUAGGUACUUCAUGCAACACAAUAAAGAGUAAAUGUUAAAAUGAACUUGCUUAUUUAUA